UCCCAAGCCGAUGGAGCCUAACAAGUGGGAGGCUUGCCGGGUCCUGCUCAACACGCAGAACUGCUUGUCGGGAAAGUAUAGUCCAACCUCACCCCCCUCCGCCGACACCCCCGGAGCCCACCGCCCCAAGUGUAUGUUCCGGGUUGUUCUGGUGUCCUGCCAAGCUCGGUUGUGGGAGGAAGCAGUAAGCGCGGUGCGGGUUUUUUUUUUUUUUUUUCCUAGAUUCCCUCUGCAAAAGUUGUAGCCCCAGGAAAACUUCCAGGUCACCAGUGGGAGCCCCAAGAGGACUCUGCGGCUUGUCAAGCGGGAGGGCUUGGAGUGUGUGCGCCACCCACUGCCGCCCUGGGAGGCCGCCCAGCCCUGCCCAGGGUCACAGAGCUGCCUGCGCCUCCGCGGGCGGCCAGGGGGUGGGACACGCGGCCGGCAGGGUUUGGUCAGUCCCACGCCCCGCCCCAGGAGCUCACUCUGGACGGCGACGUGAGGGUGCGGAGUAAGUACCGGGAAGUUACCCUCAGCCCAGUCUCAAAGUACCGCUCCUGAAAGCUGAAGGCAGAUUUUUUUUUUUUUCUAGAGAUAACAAAGACACUUUGUCACUUUGCGCGCUGCCGUGGUGCAAAUCUUUAAUUGCAAGUGGGGGUGGGGGAUCGAGUGUCCCGAGCAACCCAAGCGCGAGUCUCCAGGCGGCAAGGCCCCCUUUGAUCAGGAAAAUCCAAUUAUUUGUGUAUAUACAUUUCCCACAUAGUGAUUACUUCAUUAAUUGUCCCGCCUUUAUCUCCUCCCUUCCCAUCCCCCCUAAUAAUCAGUUCUUUUAUCCAGACCAACAAACACACCAUAGGAGCUUUGUGGAUUCAAAGGAUUUGCUUUCGCUUCUGAAAGAGCCGCUAUUCUUUGAUGAUUGGGUAGCGGCAAACUUCAAAGCCAUAAAUCUUUCCUCUGACUGGCUGGCGGCCCAGCAAAGCCCUUAUCAAAUUCUUGGAGGUGAUCCUGAAGCGCUCAGACCGCGCGCGGGGCGAGCGAGCGGGGCGCGGGCGGGGAGGACUCGGAGGCACGCUGGGCGGCCGCUCGUCCUCGCCUUCGGGUGUCCAUGCCUCGGCGGCCGCGUCCCGCUCCACAUCGAGCGGCCUCCAAGAAGUAGCCAUGGCCGCUGUGGCUGUCCUCCGGAACGACUCUCUGCAGGCCUUCCUCCAGGACCGCACCCCCAGCGCCUCCCCGGACCUAGGCAAGCACUCGCCGCUGGCGCUGCUGGCCGCCACCUGUAGCCGGAUCGGCCAGCCCGGCGCGGCGGCGGCACCCGACUUCCUGCAGGUGCCCUACGACCCAGCGCUGGGCUCACCCUCCAGGCUUUUCCACCCGUGGACCGCCGACAUGCCCGCGCACUCGCCAGGCGCCCUGCCUCCCCCACAUCCCAGCCUGGGGCUGACGCCACAGAAAACACACCUGCAGCCGUCCUUCGGGGCUGCGCACGAGCUCCCACUCACGCCCCCCGCCGAUCCCUCGUACCCUUACGAGUUCUCGCCGGUCAAGAUGCUGCCCUCGAGCAUGGCGGCUCUGCCUGCCAGCUGCGCGCCCGCCUACGUGCCCUACGCCGCACAGGCCGCGCUGCCCCCGGGCUACUCCAACCUGCUGCCCCCGCCGCCACCUCCACCUCCACCGCCCACCUGCCGUCAGCUGUCCCCCGCCCCAGCCCCGGACGACCUCCCCUGGUGGAGCAUCCCGCAAUCGGGCGCGGGGCCCGGAGGCUCCGGGGUUCCUGGGACUAGCCUCUCCAGCGCCUGUGCCGGGGCCCCCCACGCUCCCCGCUUUCCCGCCUCGGCUGCGGCUGCUGCAGCGGCCGCCGCUGCCCUGCAACGGGGCCUGGUGUUGGGCCCGUCGGACUUUGCGCAGUACCAGAGCCAGAUCGCCGCGCUACUGCAGACCAAGGCCCCCCUGGCGGCCACGGCCAGGAGGUGCCGCCGCUGCCGCUGCCCCAACUGCCAGGCGGCUGGCGGCGCCCCCGAGGCGGAGCCGGGCAAAAAGAAGCAACACGUGUGCCACGUGCCAGGCUGCGGCAAGGUGUACGGCAAGACGUCGCACCUGAAGGCGCACCUGCGCUGGCACACGGGCGAGCGGCCCUUCGUGUGCAACUGGCUCUUCUGCGGCAAGAGCUUCACGCGCUCGGACGAGCUGCAGCGGCACCUGCGGACUCACACGGGCGAGAAGCGCUUCGCCUGCCCCGAGUGCGGCAAACGCUUCAUGCGCAGCGACCACCUCGCUAAGCACGUGAAGACGCACCAAAAUAAGAAGCUCAAAGUCGCCGAGGCCGGGGUGAAGCGGGAGAACCCGCGGGACCUAUGAGCGCACCCGGGCACUUCGCAGGCCACCCUCCCCGCCCAGGACAUCCUUCCCAGCACCUUUGCGAGCAGGCCCGGGGCAGACCAUCGAGGCUGCUGGCAGAGAGGAAACUUUAAAAACCAACUUUUUAUUGUCCUCCUCCCGUACCGAAGCCCUGCUGCCCGGCCCUAGAGCAGAGGGCAGGGCAGGGCAGGGCUGGGCUGGGAACUGGAUCAUGAUCGAGAACCCUAAGUUAUCCCAGGACGGUUCCAAAGUCCGAGCCAUCGCCUGCCUGGAAGACCUACUACAGUCGGGGAUUCUAACCCCGGGCUGGCUUUGCUUUGUAGGAAUCGCUGCUGAUGAAAAAUGGAAGGGCCCUGGGAGAUUCAAAACAGGGCUUGAGUUUUCGCUAGGCCCGAUUCGGGCUUUGUACAGGUUAUUUAAUAAUAGCUUUGUUAAAGAGUAAUUAUAAUUAUAACAUUAAUAAAUGUUUCUGUUGUUCUCAGCUCCACGCAGAGCUACAGCAUGGUAUGUUUCUGUAAAGCGAUCAGCAGUUGCAGCGUGAAAAUAAAUACGUUCAUUCCAGGGUCUCCCCAGGAAGACCCCCGCAGA